GUACAAAAAUUACAAACAGCAGUAGAAGAAUUGAAAUCCAGAUAUGAAACAGUCUUGAAUGAAAACAAAAGGAUAACAGAAAAUAAAUGCUUAGAAGUAGAUAAGGUGAGGAACAAAACGGAGGCCAAGUUAAAGGAGUUAGAACACGUUUGUGACUUGCUGAAAGCAGCUGAGGAAAAGCAACAAGGAUAUCAGGAAAAGUUUAUGUCUUGGGAAAGGAUCCAUGCACAGGAAUGUAAAACCUUCAGGGACCUGCAGGAUCAGGAAGAAGACAGUGUAACUUCCGUGGGCAGUCAUUCCUUGGAAGCAGAAAACCAUAACAUUCAGAAGAAAUAUGAAGAUCUUAAAAGGCAAUUGGAAAAGAUGGAAUUUCAAAAUGAAGAACUUGCUUGUCGUCUCAAAAAAGAAGAUGAGAGUCUUCAGUGCAGUAAGUUGCAGCUUGAGGAGAAAAUUGCAGAAUAUAAUGGAUUAACCAGACAACUAGAAUCUGCUAUGGAAGAAGGGAGAAAAAUGGUAGCCAAAGAACUGGAAAAAAUGUCAUACAAAGAACAAGCCCUUCAGGCAAAAAUGCUAGUUCUUGAAACUGAAGUGAGAGAGAGGCAAGAAGAGAAAAAACAACUCCUCUGCAUGUUUCACCAUAAUGAAAAGCACCGAGAAGUAUGUUUGAAAGAGCUGGAGAACAGCCUACAGAAGUCAGAGAACAAGAACCAGAGCAUCCAGAAUUAUGUGCAGUUUUUGAAAGCCUCAUACAUAACAAUGUUUGGCUGA